AUGGAGGACUGUACCAAGUGUCCAGAAGAUCAAUAUCCAAGCAUGGAGCGUGAUCGAUGUGUGCCCAAGAGACUAAGCUUUCUCUCUUAUCAAGAACCUUUAGGGAUCGGUUUGACUGCCAUUACUCUUUCUUUUUUGCUGAUCACAUCUUUGGUUCUAGCAAUUUUUGUUAUGCACAACGAUACCCCCAUAGUUAAGGCCAACAACCGUGAUAUUACCUACAUGCUGCUCGUUUCCCUCUUGCUCUGCUUCCUCUGUCCCUUGCUCUUUAUUGGACAGCCCAGGAAGAUGACCUGUUUCAUCCAACAAUCUGCUUUCAGCAUCAUCUUCUCAGUGGCUGUUUCUUGUGUCUUGGCCAAAACCGUCACUGUGGUGGUAGCUUUCAUGGCUACCAAACCAGGAUCCAACAUGAGGAAGUGGGUAGGGAAAAGACAGACCAACUCCAUUGUCCUUUCCUGUUCCCUUAUAGAAGUGGUCAUUUGUGUUGUGUGGCUAAAGACCUCUCCCCCAUUCCCAGAUUUGGACACACGGUCCCUGACUAGGGAAAUCAUAGCUCAGUGCAAUGAAGGAUCCAUCCUCCUAUUUUAUAUUUCUCUGGGCUACAUGGGACUUCUGUCCUUCAUCAGCUUGACUGUGGCUUUCCUUGCCAGAAAACUGCCAGACAGCUUUAACGAAGCCAAGUUCAUCACCUUCAGCAUGCUGGUGUUCUGCAGUGUUUGGUUGUCUUUCAUUCCAACCUACCUGAGCACCAAAGGGAAAUACAUGGUAGCUGUGGAGAUAUUCUCCAUCUUGGCCUCCAGUGCUGGGAUAUUGACCUGUAUCUUUUUCCCAAAAUGCUACAUUAUUGUUCUGAGGCCUGAUCUGAAUAACAGGAACCAGCUAAUUUGGAGGAAGACUCAAUAA